UAAUUUUAUUGUUGACAUAAGCGACAGAUUCCAAUUGCAGAAAUUCGGUUUCACAGCAGAAAUUUUAUAUAAAAGUAAAUCGUUUAUACAUAAACGCAAGGUAGGCAACAAUUGAAAUUGUCUGUUCGUUGGUGACGUUAAUUUAUCAGAAUGAGUGACGCCAGACGCAAACGAUAUCCUGGAGCGCCUAAAAUGCGGUCUGAGAAUGGAGGGCAAUCGCAUCGACCACAAUCAGGAUCACAAACAACCGGCCACAGAGGAAGAAAUAACAACGCGCAUGGUGCAAAUUAUCGUGAUGGUAUGUCUUCAAGGAUGAACACUUCUGAUAGAGUGAAGAAGAUUGUACAGGAGGAGGGCAGGACAGCACGAAAUCUUGUUAUCUAUCAUGUCCCCGUACAAGAUAAUCAGCUAGGCACAGAUCGUUCCCGUGCACGUCAGGCACGUAACAAACCUGUACCAAAGGAAGCCAAUGAUCUGAAAUCCAGCUUUAAGUCGGACCUCACAAAAUCGCCGAAAUCUGAUGGCGGCAAGAAACCCGACUUGAGAGCGAGGUACUGGAAGUUCCUGUUUGAUAAUCUACAACGAGCUGUAGAUGCCAUCUACGAGACAUGUGAGCAAGAUGAAAGUGCGCUAGAAUGUCGUGAAGUGAUUAUGAUGUUAGUACAAAGUACAAAGGAUUUCCAGUCGUUGAUAGACAGACUCCAUGUACAGAAAGAGUUUGAACAGGCUACCAAAGAGGGGGAUAGACCUACAUCUAUAGCAUGGGAGGUACGUAAGAUGUCCCCGGGGAAGUCACCGAGUGGCAUGAGUCAUCGCACAUCACCAAGUCCCGCUCAGAGGGCACUCAAUUUCUCAUAUCCAGAACAAAAUGUAGCUGUUAAACCAAGUCCACCAAGUACUGGAAAUAGUUGGGCAGACCGGGUUAAAGGUAUUGCCAUCAGUCCAGUAACUGAUAGUUCAAGGGAAGUAACUCCUCUGAAGGAUCAUCCUGUGUUGCCUGAACCACCAGUUCUCUCCCCUGUGCCGUCUUCAUUGACAGAGUCGGAUUCUUAUAGAGAAAUUAAUGAAUCAGAAGAGGAUGAUGGUUGGGAGACUGUUCAUCGUGGAGGGAAGACCAAAUCCUGGGGGUCACCGUCGCAGCGUUCGCUGGAAAACUUGCACACAGUGAUCAAGAACGAACAUCAUAAACUUACUAGAUCUGUCUCAGAACCAAAUGCAUCAAUUAAAAAGUACCAAAAAAGGACAAACCAUUCCAAAGUAAACAACAAAGUUACCACUAAAGGAGGUACAAGUCCGCCUUUAGACACUCAUGGUAGGAGUAAUGAGGGAGAGAGGCCGGAAAUCAUUCCAAAUGGUGACAUUUCAAAACCACUCCAAAGGCCAAGAACUGAUAGUAAAGAUAGUGAAAAAGAGAACCGUCCAAGUUUAAAUUCAGUAAGUGAGAUUAAAAAGACUGAUAAUAUUAUAAAUAAGAAAUCCCCGGGACUUCCAAGAAGGAGUGUUGAAAGUAGAUACAAGGCAAGCAAAGAUUUGAAGGAUCCGAACAAUAAAAGCAACACAUCUAGAACAAAACCACACACAAGAAAACCUUCUGCAAAGGGUACGGAUGUAACAAAAGAUGCUGGUAAAGGCACAAAGCAAACAGAUAUGAAAGAAGAAGAUAUUAAUUCUAAAAGCUCCAGUGGUAGUCUAACUGAGCUAAAUGCUGUAGCUAGUAAAGGAAAAAAUGACAGCACCGAAAAGGAUAUUAAAACUGUUCUUGAAGAUAUGAGUGAAGGUAAAGGAAUUGAUGUUAUGGAGACAGAAGAUGUAGAUAAUGUUGAUGUGGACCAGGAUGAAGAUACUUCUGUGAGACAGAUAGAUGAUGCAUUGGCUACAGCUGAAGAUGCGGAGAAUUGUUUGCAAGAUGAGUGGGAGAAAGAACAGAACCAGGCCCUAGAGUCGGCCAUACAGGAGGAGGAAUCUUGGCUGAAAGAAUUAGCGAGGGAGGAGAACACAGAUAUAGACGUAGAAACUGAGACAGAGAGUGAACUCGGGAAUACAAUGAGUUCAUUAGAAGCAUCAACACCAGGAACAUUAGACUGGGAUGCCAUGGUAGCGGAAUACGAUGCUGCUGAGAGGUCUGGGCAGUCGAAGGAUUGGGGAGAGAUGGUUGAUGAAGCUGACACACGGACACCUGGACAUGCUGUUCACAUGCACGAGAAACUUUCCUCUCCCUCUCGAAAAAGAUCACCAACAGAGUCGAAGAAACGUCAUGAGGAGAAACAAGCUAAGGCACAAGAAUUACGAGACAAACUAAUGCAGGAGAAGUCAGAAAGACUGAGAAUUCUUGGCCUAAAGGUAGAGGAGGUGAGGGCAUGGAAGGAAGAGUUGAUGAGACAGAAGAAGGAGAUGAUAGAGAGGAAAAUGCAACAAGCUGAGGAGAAAAGACAAACUAUGUUGAAAUCUAAAGCUCAGAAAGCUCAUGAUGAAGAAGCCAAGGCCAAUGAGAUAGCAUUUAUCAAUAGUUUAGAAGCUCAGAAUAAACGUCUUGAGAUGAUGUCCAAACAACAAGAGUCUGAAGCUAGAUUACAGGAUAUACAGGAUGAGAGACAGCGUAAACAUGAGGAAAAAUUAGCUAAAGAAGCUGCUGUUGAGGAGCGCAGGAAAACAUUGCAGGCGGAGAGACUUGCGCGUCUGCAGGAAAUCAAGGAGAGGAGGAAAAUAAAAGAUGCGAGAGUGGAGCAGCAAAAAGCAGAGAGAGAAACUGAGAGACAAGAUGCUCUAAGAGCUAAAGAAAAGGACCGUGAGGAGAGACUGGCAGCACUAAAUGCCCAACAUGAACAACAGAAGCAGGAACUACAGAAAAAGAUUCAGCAAAAGCAAGUGGAGAGUUCUCAGCGACAUAUGGAGGCGUUGAAGCAGAUAAAAGAGAAAGCAUUUGAGAUGAGUAUAUUACGUCACUCGACCGAGGAUCAUAACGACGCUCCCGAGCUUACACCAUACGCUGUCGGCAAGAUGUGCACCAUUUGUAAUGCUUUGAUACCAUCAGAAGUAUAUUUAUUGAGUCAUCUACGAGGUAAAACCCAUCAACAAGCUCUUAGACACAACAAUAAUGGAAAUUCCAUGACAAAACAAGAAAUUGAAACAUUCAAUUUGAAACAUAUUGUGAAUGCCCCAGACAAUAACAACCAUCCAAAGAUAGUAUCGGAGAAAGAAAGAAUAAAAUCUUUGAAGAAACGCUGCAAGAAAUUAAAACAGAGGAUGCAUUCAAGAGGUUUGGAGUAUGAGAACAGCUUAAUUGGAAAACAGCCAGUUGUUGAAUCUGAUAACAAAGCCAAAAUGCAGAAAGUAAUAAGAGAUAUUAACAAGUACUUGCAGUCAACGGAGAGUGGUCCCUGGUCUCAAAGUCGCGUAUCUGCACUUGACAGAGCUCUUGGUGAGCUAAACAGAAUAUUUGACAAAAAGGUGUUUUCUGACCAGGGUAGUUUUCGACAUUUAGGUGGUUUAACAACACUGAGUCGUAUCAUACAGCUAGUAGAUAUAGCAAACAUACAGACACAACCACCUGUGCCUCAAAAGUCUCUGGUGUUGACAUGUCAAGUAUUAAAACAGGCAUGUAAAGGAAACUAUGAUAAUUGCCAUCAUAUGAUGUUCAGUAAUAAGAUCAGUUUAAUUAUAGAGUUAACUAUCCAUCAACUCUCUUUGAUGAUGCCAACUGAACAAGCAACCAGUAGUAAUGCCUUGACAACAGAACCACCAAAACUACCUCAUAAUUUACUGAGUAUAAAUCUCCUUCAACUCCUUACCAUCAUACUAACAUGCCUGGCUAAAAACAGCCCGUCUACAAAAUCGAGCGAGGCUUCGUUAGAAAGAAUGAGUAACACUGUGGACACAUUUACCAGCAGAGGAAAUGAUAUUCUAAGUUAUAUUAUCAGCGUUGGUAUCGUGGAUAAGUUGACACAGUAUUUACGGAUGGUUCAGGGACCUAUAGACAGUGACAAGGAUGCUGCAGAGUUUAUACAGAAUUGUCUCGGCCUUCUUGUUGCGCUCACAAAGUUCCUAUCUGUCAGAAAAUCCUCUAUAUUUGAGAACAAAAAAUUAGAGGAUCCAACCCAGCUUAUAUCAACAUUUGAAGUGACGGAACUUGUUGGUAUAGUAUCUCUAUUGUACGGUAUGUUGCUGCACUCUGGUACGCCAAGCAGAGGGGAGGAGGCCCCGCCCGAGUUCCCACAGCAUACACUAGGCGUGGCCACGACGGGUCUUCGAAUGCUGAAUCAUAUGGCCACGUUAGACCUUGACAUGAUGCAGAGCACGUUAGGUCAGGAAGGCAUGUCAUUAGAAUUUCGUCAUAUAGCUAGUUAUCUUAUAUGGUACUGUUCUCACCACAAUGCUGAAGAAUUACUUCAUGAAGUGAUACUGUGUGUCGGCUACUUCACCGUUCGAAACUCAGACAAUCAGGUUGUGAUCCAGUCUGGUCAGCCACCGACAGUUUUACAGCAGAUGUGUUCACUACCGUUCCAAUAUUUCUCUGAUCCCCGAUUGGUCAAUAUCUUAUUCCCAACCUUGAUCUCCUCUUGCUACAAUAAUCAGGCCAACCGGGAAAUUCUGGAACAGGAACUCAGUUGUGUUUUACUCUCUAAUUUUAUUGAGGAGAAGCAGCUUGAAGUAUUGGCAAGCCAGCCUCUAUCAUCUAAAAAAUCUUCAGAUAAAGAAAAACGGGAAUCAAAAGAAGCCGAUUUAAGGACCACACUAGCGUACAGAUUUCCCUCGGAGCAGUGGACAGCGGCCCAGGAAUAUUUCAAAAUCUCCUAGUGAAUGAUUAAGAAGAAACUAGAGACUAUGAAAUUACCUAAAACCUUCUUGUUUGCUAUCAACUGUAUAAUUAUCACUUUGAAAUAUGAAAACUCAACAAAGAUAAGGUCACCUUGACUUCCAAAGUUUUGUCUCCCGAAAUGGAACAUCCAAGGAAAAUAAGCUUAUGUUGCUUUACUUGUCAUUUGUUGUUAAUGUCUUUUCACAGCUAUUAUCACACACAUGCUUGCUGUGAGUUUAUGGAAGGUAAUAAGUAACAUCAUUUUGUAUAAAUAGAUAGAUAGUGUUCCUUUCAAGAAAAUGGCUAAGGAAUGAAAUGACAUUUAGAACAAAUAGAAAUGAGA